CGUGACGAAAAGCCAGACCGUCGCCGAAAACUUCAAAAUGCCCCCCAAGAAGGUCGCCGCUCCUAAGGAGAACAUCUCCCUGGGCCCCUCUGCCCGCGAUGGCGAGCUCGUCUUCGGCGUUGCCCGUAUCUUCGCCUCCUUCAACGAUACCUUCGUCCACGUUACCGAUCUGUCCGGCCGUGAAACCAUCACCCGUGUCACCGGUGGUAUGAAGGUCAAGGCCGACCGUGACGAGUCCUCCCCCUACGCCGCCAUGUUGGCUGCCCAGGACGUCGCCGCCCGCUGCAAGGAGCUCGGCAUCAACGCUCUGCACAUCAAGAUCCGUGCCACUGGUGGUAACGGUACCAAGACCCCCGGCCCUGGUGCCCAGUCCGCUCUCCGUGCUCUGGCCCGUGCCGGCAUGAAGAUUGGCCGCAUUGAGGACGUUACUCCUACCCCCUCCGACUCUACCCGCAGAAAGGGUGGUCGCCGUGGUCGUCGUUUGUAAACGUUGUAUUUUCUUUAUCAAGAAAAAAAUACAACAUUUGCAUACCUGGCCUGGCUUUGGUUUGGGAUCAAGGCGGGAGUUGCGCUAUCUGGCUCUUUUAUGUGGCGUUGAGAAAAAACGAGGAGAACGGCCCUUGAAGCCUGGUCUCCAAUUCUACCAUUACGCUCGAGUUCUUUUGUCCUUUGUCUUUCAUUAGAGAAGGGAUAUUACUUGGUGUUGGUGCAGUAGACAGUUACAAUUUCGCCCGAAGAAGGCUAUGAAAAGUUAUCUUCCUGUCAGACCAAAACUCUUCUGUGAUAUGUGACAUGUUGUGAUUAUGAGUUUAUAUGUGUAUGAUGAAUAUUGACAUAAUGAAGGAUAAAUAAAAUCAAGUCCAAGC